AUGGCCACACAGCCGACUCAGCGCUGCCCUCACUCAGCGGCGGAGAACUUGCGGGCCACGGGCCUAGUGGCUCCCUGGGGCCACGGCACCUAUGUGGACGAGGAGAAGCUCAUCGCCUCGGUGGCCGGCGUCGUGGAGAGGGUGAACAAGCUGGUGUGCGUGAAGGCGCUGAAGACCAGGUACAACGGCGAAGUCGGAGAUAUCGUGGUCGGGAGGAUCACAGAGGUUCAGCAGAAGCGAUGGAAAGUGGAAACAAAUUCCAGGCUGGAUUCAGUCCUGUUGCUGUCGUCUAUGAAUUUACCUGGUGGGGAACUGAGGAGGAGAUCAGCAGAAGAUGAGCUUGCCAUGAGGGACUAUCUGCAGGAAGGGGACCUCAUCAGUGCAGAGGUCCAGUCUGUGUUUUCUGAUGGGGCUGUAUCACUGCACACCCGGAGUCUGAAAUAUGGAAAGCUUGGCCAGGGUGUGCUUGUUCAGGUCUCGCCUUCCCUUGUGAAACGCCAGAAGACUCACUUCCACGACUUGCCCUGUGGUGCAUCCGUCAUCCUCGGCAACAAUGGUUUCAUCUGGAUCUACCCAACCCCAGAGCAGAAAGAUGAGGAGGCGGGGGCCUUCACCACCAACUUGGAGCCAGUUCCCUUGUCUGACCGAGAGGUGAUCUCACGGCUCCGAAACUGCAUUGUGGCACUUGUUACUCAGAAGCUGAUGCUCUUUGACACCAGCAUCCUGUACUGCUAUGAAGCAUCCCUUCCUCAUCAGAUCAAGGACAUUCUCAAACCAGAGGUGAUGCAGGAAAUUGUUCUGGAAACUCGACAGAGGUUGCUGGACCUGGAGGGAUAGGGCCCAUGGGCAGAAGCAGUCAUUUGAAGACCCAGCAUGGCAGCUUUUGAUUCUCAGUAUUUUUUUUUUCAGUCCCCAACAUUCAUUCCACACUUCAGAAACCACCAAAAUUCCUCAUUUUAACGCCUAGGAUACCUCCUGGGCCCUUGCAGUACAAAAGUACUAAAUAGUACUUAAGUACAACAGCCAUUUAGUGCAGCGGCCUGAAAAAUUGGUAUCUGACCUUUAUAAAGAUGCAAAUGCAACUGGGGCAUAUCUCAUAGCACUUGUUGCUGUGUCC